UGGAUCAAUACGGUCGACAGAAGUUUUAACUAUCUGGAGUGCGGAUAAAUUUUUACUGAGAGUCGUAUAGGAAUCUAUAAUCUAGUACUUUCCAAAAUACGCCGAGAGUAUUCCUGAUGGUGAAACGAGCGUUGCUUCAUCGAACGCAGCUAAAGAAAACAACAUCUAUGUAGUUGGUGGUACGAUGCCUGAAAUAGAGGGCGAUAAAUUGUACAAUACCUGUACUAUUUGGGGUCCCGAUGGAACUUUGAUAGCAAAACACCGAAAGGUACAUCUAUUCGACAUCGACAUUCCUAAUAAGAUUACUUUUCGAGAGAGUGAUUCACUCAGUCCUGGUAACUCCCUAACGACGUUCGAUGUGAAGGGCUGCAAAAUAGGUAUUGGCAUUUGCUAUGAUAUUAGAUUCGAGGAAAUGGCACGCAUUUAUCGGAACAAAGGUGUAUUCUGUGCGGCUAAAGCAGUCACCUAAUGAAUUAUUGAGUACCAGGAAUGUUAGCGGUAAACAGGAUUGCGGCUAUGAAUGAUUCUCUAAUGUCUAUAUUAGAGAUGAAUUUGAUAAUUUAUCCUCAUAAUAUGCAAUCCGCUUUUAAGUGGAAAUCAUAAUUAACAAUUUCUGUUUGAUUAAAUAUGAAGAGCAGAUAAAUCGAUACGCUUAAAUCAA